AGAGUGUCAGGGCAAAGUCUUUCAAGCUCACAGUGGGUUCAGGCAGUGAGGGGGCCUCUAAGAAAACAAUACAGAACUUUCCGAAUGGUCCUGCUAAUGGCUCUCUACAAAGCCUUUACACGGUUGUGCUAGAAACUGUGAGUCACCAAGACGCUGGGUUAAGUGGCCCUGCUGAUGGACAAUACAGCAGUUUUUUAUUCACUCAUGCAUUCAUUCCUCCAUUCAACAUUUUUUUAAAAUUGAAUACCAAU